AUGGAUUUCUCAAAGAGCAGCAAGACGGCUCUGCAAUGGGCUAUUGACAACUUGGGUGAAAAAGCUCUCAUUCCUCUGGUCGAGAUAAUCUUUGUUACGAAACUUUAUUGGGGAGACGCAAGAGAGAAGCUGUGUGAAGCUAUUGAAGAUCUGAAGUUGGAUUCGUUGGUUAUCGGAAGCAGGGGACUUAGCACCAUCAAAAGCGCUUUGGCGGCAAAGGCUUCGUCGAUUGGAUCUAUAGACGGAAGCACAUUUCAUGAAAGCGCAAUUCAUGAAAAAAGAGACUACAAUCCAGUAGAUGUUUUUAUUGGAGUCAGGAAACCAAAUGAGCAACCAAGGGUUCACAGUGGGUGGCUGCUGCAGGCAGCAACAAUAAUGUCUGUAAUGAGUUUUGGAGACAAUAGAACCGAGAGAAAUUGA